GAAGAGGUAGACGGUAAGACGGAGACGCGGAACCAUCCCGAGAGGGGCAACAACAAGGACAGUUUUUGGUCUUCGCGUUGUUUGUAACUUCGUAUCCUCUCUCUCUGUCUCUGUGGGGACUUGUGGGUGGUGGGUUAUUUCGUCAAUUAAAGAUUACCGUCCUCUUUUAAUCUCUCCUCUUUAUUCACAUUCUGUUUCCCAAUCUCAAAAGCCAAAGACUCUCUCCUCUAUUCCUCUCCCCAUUGUUUCUUUGGGUUUUUCUUUUUGUUUAUCUGAGGGAGGAAAGGUUGGAAUUUUCAUCCUCUCCCUGAUUGUUAUCUCUGAUUCCUAGAUCAAUCAGGCUGUUUUGCCUACAUCGGAUCGGUUAGGACAGAAUUGUUCCAGACAAUUGGUGUUGCAAUUAGCUUACCUUAGAGUUUAUCAAAGGAUAUUUAUAUUGUCCCUAAUGCAAGGGCAAAGGGGAACUAUUGGUUCCUUGCCAGAAAUUCUGGAAUUCAGCCAUGGAUCUUCAUCAGGUAAUCCUGUCGUAAACCAGCCAAUUUGCUGGAAUAAUAUACCAAAUCCUGUUGGAAAUCAUAUGCCAAAUUAUAUGCUGGCACCUAAUUCAGAAGUUGCAUAUGUGAAUUCUCUUAAUCAAGAACAACAAAACUUGAGUGGAUGGAGCUUGGGCGAACCAAAUUUCAGUGGCUCACAAAAUGAGGUCAGCCGUGGUGUGCAGAAAAGGGAAGAUGCAUUGUUAGCUUCAGCUAGUGCUCAUAGUGGGACUGGCCAAAGGUCAGAAGAAUGGCAAUGUGAUCCACCUAAUGUUCUUUCUCUGGGAAGUGUCAAUAUGAACCCUCUGUUUUUACGCAGUUCCAAUGCUGAUGGAAUUCCGCAGAAUCUUAACUUAAAUGCAGAUUUUGGUGGUGAUGAUCAUCAGGCUUCAGAGUUUCCCAAUCUAAAUAAGUCUAGUGGAUCGGUACGUGAGCACAUACAACUUGCUGGCAGCUCCAAUACAUUUCUGCCUCCUUCAGGAAGUGGUGGAUAUUUGGUUCAAGAAAAUGACAGCCGACCCAACUGUUCAUUGGAUGGUCGCCGUGCUUCCUGCAAAAGGAAGGCACUUGAAGGAAGUGUUGGGCAGUCCUCUAUGGAUGGAAGUUCAAACUACCUUCAGCUGACAGAAAGCAGUUUAUGGCAUGGUGGUUCAGGUCGAUAUAAUGAAGGAACCAGUUUGAGCAUUUCUUCUCCUUCGGAACAAUCAAACCCAAGACUUUGUGCAAGAACUUCUGACACUGUUUCUGGUUCAAUGCUGACAGGAAGUGCUGAAGGAUCCCACAGAAAUUUCCGCCUAAGGAUUAACCCUCCAAAUCAGCAGGAACCUACCACCCUCACUUUACCUUCAACAGGGAAUGCUGUUAGGUAUUCAAGUGUUUCAACUCCCCAGCAGUCAUCUAGACCUAUUCCAGUUGACCACUCUUUGGACUUAAGGUCAGCCUCAGCCUCCAAUAGUGCUAUGCCUCAGAGCCAGUCUACUGUAAUCGGUGUUCCACCUAUGCUGCAAAAUGUGCAACCAUUUGGGUGGAAUGACAGCUCUAGCUCUAGAGCUGUUACUUCAGCAGGUUCUUUUGUUUCCAAUGAUAGAAAUGCUGUUCGAAUCGAGGAUGUGAGCUCAAGGAGUAGAGCCAGAAACAUCCAGGAACGUCCUAUGUUUGUUCCAGCAACUGAGUUAAGGGGUAGAAAUCAAACGACUAGAAAUUUAACCGGUGCACAUACAAAUAUUCCUGGUAAUGCUGGUUCCACAGCUACGGCCGGCUCAAGUUCAGGUGUCCAUCGGUUACGUGCUCCUCACUGGGUACCUCAUCCCCAUCCACCUUCAAGAAAUACUAGAAGAUUGCCUGAGUAUGUCCGUCGAUCGUUGUUUUCUUCUAUUGGUGCUGACUCGGGAGGUCAAAAUAAUUCUUUACUACAUUCAGCUGCCCCUUCCUCAGAUGAGAGGGCGCUUCCAUCUGGAGCUGGUAAUGAUGGGCAUCAUCGCCUGAACUCAAGGUCAAUGUCAUGGAUGGAGAGACAUGGUGAUGGUGCACUUGGAAUUUCCUAUCCGUUGCGAACUUUGGCUUCUGUCGGUGAGGGAAGAAGCAGGCUUGUUGCAUCCGAGCAGAUUCGAAAUGUCUUGGAACUUAUGCGCAGAGGCGGGAACAUACGAUUUGAGGAUGUCAUGCUACUUGACCAAUCAGUAUUUUUUGGGGGUGCUGAUCUCCAUGAUAGGCAUAGGGAUAUGCGGCUUGAUGUCGACAACAUGUCCUAUGAGGAAUUAUUAGCACUGGAGGAGCGUAUUGGCAAUGUGAAUACUGGACUGAGUGAAGAAAUCAUACUGAACCGACUGAAACAACGGAAAUAUUCUACUUCAGUAGGUACUCAGCAGGAGACCGAGCCAUGCUGCGUUUGCCAGGAGGAGUAUAAUGGCGGAGAAGAUAUUGGAACGUUGGAUUGCGGACAUGGGUUUCAUGCUGAAUGUAUCAAACAGUGGCUGAAGCACAAGAAUUUGUGCCCCAUAUGCAAAACAGCGGGGCUGGCUGUAUGAUGUAGCUAUAUGGAACCAAUUUCUCCGGUGGAUUGGAUUAAUCCAAGUCCUUGACUAUUUGUUGCUUGCUUUGGGUGAUUGGAUGUGAUACACUCCUUGCUCAGUAAUGCCAUGCAACCAGCAAAACCUAUCCUUAUUUAAACUCUUACCGGCGGUGUUGCAUGGCAUCGCAGCAGCAUUCACCCGGAGACUAAGCAUUUUUUGGGUUUGAAAAAUUGAAGCCAGAAAAUACAUUGAUGGCUGUUGCCAAUGGCUUAAGUAGUGGGAAUUCUGAACUUUGUUUCCAUCAAUUUAUUUACUAUGCAAAUGAUUCGUCUUCUAGAGUUGGGCUGGAUUCUGUAUGGGCUAGGUCGGCCCAUUCUUUGGAGGCCUAAACUUCGAGACGUUACGUACUGUAUUGGUUAAGAAUAGGAAGGCCGCUGCAGAAAGUGAUGUCGGGAAUUGCA